AGGAGGGAGGAAAAAGUAGGCAGAAGAUGGAAGGGUUGGGGAAUCAGCCGCUUUGGGGAAUCAGCCGCUUUGGGGAGGGGGGGAAUCCCUCCCCAUCCCUCCGGCCCCUGCCCGUCUCCGAUUCCAGGGCGCUCCGCCUUCCAGCCGCCAGCGCGUCCUCCUUUUCCCCGCAUCCUUUCCUCCACCACCCUCGUAAUGGGCCCAGCGUCUCUCCUAGGACCCCCACCCCCAGCCCGGAGGCAGCCGACCGGCCACGGCCACUGGGGGCUGUGGGAUGGUGUUGGGACAAGGGAGGAAGCUGGAGACGACGAAACGAGCCUCGGUUCGGUCGGUCCCAGGCUUGGGGAGCGACGCGCUCCUUUCUCUUCUCUGUCUGGCCCCUCCACUCCAGAGGAUGCGGCGUCGUUGUUCCCCACGUCCCCUUGGGCCCCCAGGCGUGCUGAAGCUUGGUUGCAUGAUCUUGUUCCAGCCAGUUUGAAAAAAUGACAGAUCUUGUAGCUGUUUGGGAUGUUGCCUUAAGUGAUGGUGUUCACAAGAUUGAAUUUGAACAUGGAACUACUUCAGGAAAAAGGGUUGUGUAUGUAGAUGGAAAGGAAGAGGUAAGAAGAGAAUGGAUGUUCAAGCUGGUUGGCAAAGAAACAUUUAGUGUUGGAGCUGCAAAAACAAAAGCUACUAUAAACAUAGAUGCAGUCAGUGGUUUUGCUUAUGAAUAUACUCUGGAAAUUGAUGGGAAAAGUCUCAAGAAAUAUAUGGAAAAUAGAUCAAAAACAACAAAUACUUGGAUUUUACAUUUGGAUGGUAUGGAUUUUAGAAUUGUUUUGGAGAAAGAUACUAUGGAUGUCUGGUGCAAUGGUAAAAAAAUGGAGACAGCCUGGAUCAUGGCCAGAUGUGAAGAGGAAAUGGAUCACAUUUUUGCUAGGACAAUGCCAUUGCUAGUGGAGGGAUCCUUGGUACACAGGAUGCCCUUCAUCUGUAACAAAAAUUCACCACAGUUCUUCAGAUUGAUGGAAUGUGCCAAAGGGUCCCAUCCUUUCAGGAUCUACCUUCUUAUUACUCUACCUUCUUAUUACACUUUUUUUGGGGGAACUGACUGUUGGAAGCCCCAGAAGGCCACUACAAUCAAGCUUCCUACAGGGAAAAGAAUCUGGCUCUGGAAUAUAAAGACUUGUGUUCAAAUUCUGCCUCUGAUGCUUACUUCCUGUGUGUCAUUGGAUAAGUCACUUAACCUUCAUGAUCUUUAGUUUCUUCAUCUGAACAGUGAAAAGUUUGAAUUAGGGGACAUCUGAGGGUCCUUUCAGCUCUGAAUCUAUUACCCUAUACAUUUGGGAGAAACUUGCUUUCCUGCAACCUUCCCCUUCUUUCACUAGGGAGAAAUUGAUCAUUUUUCAAAUGAUUAAAGAAGAGAGGAAGAUCACACUCCCCAACUCUUUAAAUCUAUAUUAUUUUUAUUUUCUUGCUUUUGUUUUUGAAUGAGAAAUGUGGGAAAAGAAAACAAAACCUUACAAAUAAUUUUUAUCAAUUUGACUUAAAGAAAACAUAGGAAAACUUGGAUAUCUUAGAUGCAUCAGAUUCAUAUCUGCGUAGAGAGGGAAGGGAUUGCAGACAUCUUCUAGCCCAAUGCCUUCAUUUUAAUGAUAAAAGAACUGAAAAGCUGAGAGGGUAGAUGACUUAUCCAAAGUCACACAGGUAGGAAGCAAUCCAGCUAGCAUUUGAAUGAAGUUUAUCUAAUUCCAAGUUCAGUGCCCUUUCUACCAUUCUGUGAUUAGUGAGAAUGGCAUUACAGGAAGCAAUUAAUUCCAUGGGGGGAGGGAAGGGAGGAAUGUUAUAAUUGGGUUUCCAAGUAACAGUAUUAGAAUGAAGCUUUGCAAUAUCAUGCUGAGAUUAAGUUAUGUUGCAUUACUAAUAUUAUUAAGAAUUAACAUUGGUCAGAGUAAUAUCAUUAUAUGUAAUAUGCCUGUCUUGUCUAUAUUUCCUGUUUUAUUUACUUGUAUCUCCAUCCCUUCUCUACCUCCCUGUCUCUGAGUAUUAGAAAAUCUGUAGCUUGGUGAGCUGAAGAAAUGCAUUAACCAUGCCCUAGCAGCCUCAGGAGAGACCUACCCUAUUAAGAAAGGCUCCCUGCAUCCCCAGGUCCUUGGCUGAAGGCUGAGACCCCUCUGGCUAAGGACUAACUAGCCCUGCCCAGGUUGAGCCAGGGCUGGAGCAAAUUACUUAGUGUGUAGGCUAGAUAGUUCAUCCUAUCCUCUCUCUAUGAUUUUUCUUACUUCUACUCUUCUAUAUUUUAUAAAUAAAUUAUUAGAAUAAA